AACAAAUACUCCGUACUAUGCAGUGGCAUGUGUAGGCAGCGGUCACUUUUUCUACAGAGCUUACACACUCCCACACUUGCAGUGCUCAUAGUUAACCAGCAAGCUAUAUUGACACAGACACAAUUGUUUUAGCUUUGAAGGGCGUUGCAGAGAUUUUAAAGAUUUUCACAGGUUCUCUAUGUUUGGCAUUCCUUUUAUACUCUUUCUAACAGGAUUAAAUAUAAAGUGAGAAAGCCACCAGACUGAGCAUCAGUUAUUCUUCGAAUGAAGGUUAAUUGGGUUUCAAAUUGCAGCAUGGAGCUUUGAAGGUGUCUCCUCUCGCUUGAAGCUAUUUCCUUCUACCUGAAGAUAUCCUUUCGCAAGCGCUCUUUUCCCAUCAUUUAUUUUCAAAAUAUACCUCCAAAUUAGAGUAGUCCAGUCGCUACCACUACUUAGGGGUUCCCAGACAGAUUUGAGGGAGAGUAGUCCGUCUAGAUUCCGUUUCUGUUUCCGCCUGGAGAGCUAUCUAAGAUUCUGCAACCUUCCAGUUGCGUCGGUUGGACGAAAUAAUCACUUACCUACCAAUUUUUGCAUUCCGCUUCCAUGGUUUUCCUUUAGAUGUUGCUUCAGGUCUACAGAGCCAUUUUAUUUAUAAAGAUUAUGAAGGAUAACAAGUCUGAUGAUCAAACUAUCGGGUUUGGGUCAUUUCUUUACAAUUUUGGAACAAGUGUUUUGUAAAUGAAACUAUGGAAAAAUGUUGAUUAGUUAUGUAUUGCUUGCGCUAAACAAAUACUCCGUACUAUGCAGUGGCAUGAGUAGGCAGCGGUCACUUUUUCUACAGAGCUUACACACUCCCACACUUGCAGUGGCAUGUGUAGAUACCCUUUUUCCCUUUACAUGUUUAUCAAUGUUCCUUUUGUUUAUUGAAAGGGACUCAAAGUGUGUGUCCACACAUCCUAUCCAGACUCCAAUCAAUGUGAUUUUAUUCAGUUUGUUGUUAUUUUCCCAGCUCAUAGUUAACCAGCAAGCUAUUUUGACACAGACACAAUUGUUUUAGCUUUGAAGGGCGUUGCAGAGAUUUUAAAGAUUUUCACAGUAGGCUUCAAACUUUUCGAACAGUAGGCUUCAUACAUUUAAAUAAGACUAUACACUUGUGCUUCUAUAUAUUAAUUAUAUUUGAUAGAUGAAUGAAAUGUUAUUUAUUUUACAGGGUUCUCUAUGUUUGGCAUUCCUUUUAUACUCUUUCUAACAGGGUUAAUUAGCGGUGGGGCUGACACGUGGCAAUCCACAUAGAUGCUUAUUUGGCCCGUAUUUCCUGACUCAUCAACUUCAAUUAAUGGAAUCAUAUUUCAUCCGUUACUUCCGAGGGAUCUCUCUAGAAGUUCUUUAGACGUUGGGAAGCGGCGAUUCAAUAAGCCAGAAACCUGAAUAGCCGCUCAAAUUUCUUCCGGUGUUCCGGUUAUUGAAUCGCAGGGUGACCCUCUGAAGGUCAAAGUCAACAAACUGGCUUCUACUAGAACUCAACUUCCUUAUUCAUAUUAUUCCCUCCCUUACUGUAAGCCAGAUCGCAUUGUGGACAGUGCAGAAAAUCUUGGCGAGGUUCUUCGGGGUGACCAUAUUGAAAACUCUGUUUAUGAGGUACACUACUCUUUUAAUGAUGAUUGAAAUCCGUGAUGUCCCUAAAUUGUUAAAAUUCGGUCUAACAGAAGGUUUUGUGCAGUUUCGUAUGAGGGAACCACAGAUGUGUAACAUUGCAUGUCAUAUUGUUCUUAAUGCAAAAACAGAAAAAGAAUUUAAGAAGAAGAUAGAUGAUGAAUAUCAGGAUUAAAUAUAAAGUGAGAAAGCCACCAGACUGAGCAUCAGUUAUUCUUCGAAUGAAGGUUAAUUGGGUUUCAAAUUGCAGCAUGGAGUGGCAUGUGUAGGCAGCGGUCACUUUUUCUACAGAGCUUACACACUCCCACACUUGCAGUGGCAUGUGUAGAUACCCUUUUUCCCUUUACAUGUUUAUCAAUGUUCCUUUUGUUUAUUGAAAGGGACUCAAAGUGUGUGUGCACACAUCUUAUCCAGACUCCAAUCAAUGUGAUUUUAUUGAGUUUGUUGUUAUUUUCCCAGCUCAUAGUUAACCAGCAAGCUAUAUUGACACAGACACAAUUGUUUUAGCUUUGAAGGGCGUUGCAGAGAUUUUAAAGAUUUUCACAGUAGGCUUCAAACUUUUCGAACAGUAGGCUUCAAUAUUUUCACAGUUGGCUUCAUACAUUGGAAUCAGACUAUACACAUGCGUUUCCAUAUAUUAAUUAUAUUUGAUAGAUGAAUGAAAUGUUAUUUAUUUUGUAGGGUUCUCUAUGUUUGGCAUUCCUUUUAUACUCUUUCUAACAGGAUUAAAUAUAAAGUGAGAAAGCCACCAGACUGAGCAUCAGUUAUUCUUCGAAUGAAGGUUAAUUGGGCUUCAAAUUGCAGCAUGGAGGGUGACCCUCUGAAGGUCAAAGUCAACAAACUGGCUUCUACUAGAACUCAACUUCCUUAUUCAUAUUAUUCCCUUCCUUACUGUAAGCCAGAUCGCAUUGUGGACAGUGCAGAAAAUCUUGGCAAGGUUCUUCGGGGUGACCAUAUUGAAAACUCUGUUUAUGAGUUUCGUAUGAGGGAACCACAGAUGUGUAACAUUGCAUGUCAUAUUGUUCUUAAUGCAAAAACAGAAAAAGAAUUUAAGAAGAAGAUAGAUGAUGGAUAUCAGUACUUGAAUGUAACGGGAUUGAAUUCUUUUGCAUUCGGGAAUCCACGAAUGUAACUUGAAUGUAACAAGAUUAAAUAUAAAGAGAGAAAGGCACCAGACUGAGCAUCUGUUAUUCUUCGAAUGAAGGUUAAUUGGGUUUCAAAUUGCAGCAUGGAGCUUUGAAGGUGUCUCCUCUCGCUUGAAGCUAUUUUCUUCUACCUGAAGAUAUCCUUUCGCAAGCGCUCUUUUCCCAUCAUUUAUUUUUAAAAUAUACCUCAAAAUUAGAGUCCUUCAUCAAUUUUAGGCAGAAAGUUGUAAUUCCACGUUCUUUUAUCAACAGCCGGCCAGACCAAGAAAGUUGUCAUCGGAUCAAUAAUGAAGUGGAAUUACU